ACAGGUGUGGCCUCAACAGCAGUCGAAAACUCAGAUCAGAGAAUAUUAUUUAAGAAUGUAAUUGUUGUUAAAUAUAAGACAAACAUGCGAUCUGUAGCGCUUCUGCUAAUCGGGAUUCAUAUGGUCUUUGCUGAUUCUUUCAAUACAAGAUGUGUAAAAGUGGGCGGAAAUGUGGGAGAAAAGUUGACUCUUACCUGCAGAGUCUCUUAUCAGAGGAAUAGAUGCUGCAUUAGGAUGUACAAGAUUAUACAAACAGCGAGCGAUUAUGACCAAACAAUCUGCAGAGAAGAGUUCAGAAGCGAUUCUUGUGUGCAGGUGGCCAACUUCUCAUGUUCUUACACUGCAAAAUCAGCAAUGACAACAAAAUUUCUGUUGUUUUUGCAAGAGACAUGUGGACACGGAACUACAGUAUUCAAUAUGAUAGCAAAAGGAAAUACCUCUGAUGUUUUGACUGAAGAAAGACAUGAGAAGAAGAGGGUGAUUAACUCAUUUAAGGCAGAAGCCCUUGUUGGAUGUGCGCUGACUCUCACUAUCAUUGUUGCUAUAAUCUGGCUCAUUGAGUGGAUAAAGUCUAGACAGGUUAAAAGCCGUGAUGUAACAGGCUAUGUGACAGGCAGUACCACGUAUACUGACUCAGUGCCAGAUGAAAAAAUACUAAUAUAUACGUCAUCUCAGUCUUUAAACUUCCUGGAAAAUUUUUGAUAUGUUUUGUGUGUUGACUGCAUGAUCUGUGAGCUGCAGAUAUGUGACCCAGUCUCAAAAGCUUGGAUAGCUAUCCGAUCAGAGAAAACACAUGAAGUGACCAGGUGUAAAAAGCCCCAAUUUGUUUACAAUCAUGAUAGGAUUAAGAGUACAUUAUGCCGUUCCGGGCUGUAAAAAAAGCAUCUCUGCGUAGACUUCCAGAUACAGCAGUUCUAGUAACGACGUCUAGAAUCCCGUAACUAUUACGUAAAUACCGUUUUCAACUGGUCAUGACAGUUAAACAUUUCAACUGUGUACAUUUUAAAUUGUAUAACUUGGUGUGAGUUUUACUUGCACAAGAUGGAAGCAAAAUAAGUAUUUAAAGAUGCUUAUAUUGGUUUCAUUUCUUUUAUAUGUGUAAAUUGCUUGGCCUUGCAUGUAAAGCUCUUGAACUGCACUGAUUUGUUUGGGAAGAUGCUGUAUAAAUAACUUUUGAUCGACUUAAAGAUGCAUUGUGUUCACAUACUGGUGGAUAUUAUAUAUUUUUAUACCGGCUUUGUAAUAAAAAAGAAAAGGUAAACAUACUAUACUGUAUAUUCAAAAUUCUUUUUUUCUUUGGCCAGUUUUUGCCACUACACCAUUGGCUCCGACAUAUUCAAAAUUCUAAGGUACUUUAUUAUUGUCCACUUGUGAGAUCUGUAAAUUUUGUAAAUUUUAUAGUUAUAAACAAACCUUUAGCUUUCCAUCAUUGUUUAUUUUUUCCAUUCA